AUGCCUCGUUUCUACUGUGACUACUGUAAUUCCUACCUUACGCAUGAUGCCGCAAGUGUUCGCAAAAACCAUUUGACUGGUAAAAACCAUGUCAAACUUGUUUGUGAUUACUACGAAGAGAAGGCCAAAGAGCUUGGAAUAUGGCGUGAAAAUGACAUGCCGUUUGAACUCACAACGGAGAACCUGUACAGGGGAAUUCCUGGAUCUUCUUCAAAGCAGACACUUGAUCUAUACCGAAUGAGCGAUAUGAAAACUCUCCCGCCUCCUCCUACGAUAUCGGGUCUCCCACAACCUCCUCCGAAAGUGCUACACGACUCAGUACAGGAAAAACGUCAACUCUUGGGGAACAUCUUACAAACCAUUGGUGAAACCUAG